AUGGACGACGAGGUCAUUGCUCAGGCACGCAUGCCGACCGACAGCUUCUCGUCUGGAUUCUCCAUCUCUGAUGCGCCCACCGAGGGCAUCUCGUUCGCAGCGAUGGCCGCCCCCGACGAGGCGAAUGGCGGCGCACGGGCGGCAGGCUCAUCCUCCGCCGCGCCGAACGCCUCAGCCGGCUCUUUUCUCGAGCAGAUGAAUCGCGCGGAAGACGAAGCCGAGCUCCGUGAGGAGGUGGUCGAGCACGAAAGCGAAGAGCUCGCCGAGGUGCGACUCUUGCUGGAAUCGACCGCGGUCGGCGGGCGCGGGCCAGUCCCUUCGUCGUCGUCGCUGCCGAAUCGCAAUCCCAACUCCAUGGAUACUCGCGCAGAUGGCCAUCCAACCGUCAAGCAAAGCAGCAGCGGCGACAGUGGUGAGGGCACACCGCAACAACAACAACAGCAACAACAACAACAACAACAACAACAGCAGCAGCAAGAAGCCGCGAUGGACGCUGGCAGCCACGACAGCAAUGGCAUCACUUUCGACGACGCUGCUGCCACCGAGAACGAGAACGAGAACGACGCGGAUGGCUUUGCAGACGCGGUCGCGCUUCCAGUGGGAGGCCCCAAAAAGGUCAUGUCUGUGGAAAUUAUCAAAACCAUGGUCGAAACAGUCAAAAAGCGGUGCAUUGGCGCACUCGAUUACCCACUCCUUGAAGAGUACGACUUUCGAAACGACACGGUCAAUCCGAACCUGGACCUCGACCUCAAGCCGAUUGCGACUCUCCGUCCGUACCAAGAAAAGAGCCUCAACAAGAUGUUUGGCAACGGACGAGCGCGAUCGGGCGUGAUUGUCUUGCCGUGCGGCGCCGGCAAAACGCUGGUCGGCGUGACUGCCACUUGCACUGUGAAAAAGCGCACGCUUGUGCUGUGUACCUCUGGCGUUGCUGUCGAGCAAUGGGCGCGACAGUAUCAAAUGUGGUCGACCAUCCAUCCCGACCGGAUUGCGCGCUUCACGUCCGACUCGAAAGACCCGCCCCAGGACUGCGGCAUUGUCAUUAGCACCUAUUCGAUGGUGGCCUUCUCGGGCAAACGCUCAGCCGAGUCGGAAGUCAUCAUGCAGUUCAUGCAAAACACCGAGUGGGGUUUGGUGGUCUUGGAUGAGGUGCACGUCGUGCCUGCAGACAUGUUCCGCAAGGUUCUCAUGACCGUGUCGGCGCACUGCAAGCUCGGCCUCACGGCCACGCUCGUUCGCGAGGACGACAAGAUUACGGAUCUCAACUUUCUCAUUGGCCCCAAGCUGUACGAGGCGAAUUGGAUGGAUUUGCAAAAGCGUGGCUUUAUCGCGCGCGUUUCUUGCGCCGAGGUCUGGUGCCCCAUGUCGCCAGAGUUUUACAAGGUGUAUCUUGAGACGCGAACGCGCAAGCGGCAGCUUCUCGAGUGCAUGAAUCCGUUAAAGUUUCAGACGUGCCAAUUCCUCAUUCGCUACCACGAAAAGCGCGGUGAUAAAAUCAUCGUGUUUAGUGAUAACGUGUUUGCUCUCAAGGUGUACGCGACCAAGAUGGGCAAGCCAUUCAUUUAUGGUCAGACGGGCCAGACGGAGCGCAUGCGCGUCCUGCAGCACUUCCAACACAAUGCCGGUCUGAGCACCAUCUUUAUCUCAAAGGUCGGCGACAACUCGUUCGAUCUACCAGAGGCGAAUGUCCUGAUUCAAAUUUCGGCACACUACGGCUCGCGUCGACAGGAGGCCCAGCGUCUCGGCCGCAUUUUGCGUGCCAAGAAGGGCUCGCUCGCGGAGGAGUACAAUGCCUUCUUUUACUCGUUGGUCUCGCAAGACACGUCGGAAAUGUACUACUCUGGAAAGCGCCAGCAGUUCUUGGUGGACCAGGGCUACACGUUCAAAGUCAUUACGAAACUGGAGGGCAUGGAGGACAUUCCCGAUCUCGCCUACCGCAGCAAGACCGACCAGCUGGAUUUGCUCACGACCGUCAUCCAGGCCAACGACGCGGACGCCGAGGACGAGAAGCUUGGCGGUGAUGAUUUGCUGACGGGCGGAGAAGCGCGCAGUGCUGCCGGGGCGUCUGGCAAGAAGUCACGCAAAGCAGCAACGCGGCGGAUUGGCAGCAUGCAGUCGCUUUCGGGUGCUGACGGUAUGGCCUACAUGGAGACUUCUGUCGCCAAGAAGAAGCCACGCCUCGAUCUUCGCCAAGAAAUUCUCAGAAAGUACAGUCGUCGCUAA